UCCGAAACCGAAAGGCGAGAUAGAGCGCGGGAUACCGGCGUGAUGGUAGUUGCAGAUUGAAUGCUUGGGCGACACGUGCUUUUUUUACCUCUGACCUUUUGAUCGCGUUUAUCUGGCCCGUUUGAUUGAUAUAUUGCGCUGCGCGAAUUUUGGGGCUUAAUCACGAAGAUGCCGCGCCUCGUUCGCGAUUCCGACGAGGACGUCGAGACGAAAAGCGUUGUUCGAAGAACUCGAGCUUCUUCUGCUGCGAGUUCUAUCACAGAUUCUCCACGACGAGCUACUAGGAGCAACAAGCAGCUCUCCGUUAUAGAGUCAUCACCUGAAUCGUUAGAUGACAGCAAUGUUCAGCGGACAGGCCGUGCAACACGUAGCCGAACUGCUACCUUAGAUAAGACAGCACCUACUACAACAAAGAACUUGAGGUCUAGGAAGAACUCAGCUUCAUCUGAUCUGAGUGAAUCAGUGGUUGAGGUUGAAUCUGAGGUUACACAGAAGAGGCUCACACGGAAAAAUACAUCAGCAUUACCUGCUGUUGGGACUCCGACUAAGGCUAAUCUCAGAAGCCGAAGCAUCAGAGCAGGCUCUGAAGCAAAAUCAACUCCUCCACCAACAAGGAGUAAACGGGUAACUAGGGCUAGUUCGGUUGACCCUAUAAGUCUCAAUGAAUCAACGGGAACACCAGUAAAGCGACGCACAAGAGCAUCUAUGGUGCCAAUGCAACCAACUGUAACAGAGGAACAAGAAGCUAAAAAUAAAGCAUACAAGAGUUUAGAUAAUACUGUCGCAGAGGUUGAUGAGGAUGAUUCCGAAAGCGUAAGGAUAUCGAAAAAAGAAAAGUCCGCCAAGAAGUCCAAAACUGCCAAAGAAGCUGAGGAAGAUACGAGUAUUGUUAAUGAAUCUAUUAAUAAUUCCAAAAAGUCUACAACGGAACCAUCUAACAAAAUGGAGGAUAGCUUGAUUGAUAAAUCAAGUGCCUCUAAUAAUACAGUUGAAGAAUCAACAAUUAAAUCUUUUGCGAUUCAUUCCCUUGAUAACACAAUAGCGUCUUCUACGUUGAAAACUACAUUUAGCGAAACAGUCAUUCUAGAAUCAUCAAAACAUGAAAAUCUUGUGAAAAAACUAAACAAUUUAUCUAACGUGAUCGACAAAGUAGACUCUUUUAUUACUGAAAGUAAUAUUGAACUUUUGAAUACUGACUCCAAAUUUAACGACGAUGAAUGCGAAAUUAUUGAUGUAGAAAAUUCAACCGAAUCAACUUUGACAGAUGAGUUAUUUGUUCAUGUUGAUAAUAUCGAAAAAGACAAAAAUAAAGUAGCUUCAGAUAAUUUCAAAGUAGAUAUUAAAGAUUCUUACGUUAAAUUAAAUCGGACUAGUAUGAUUGAAAAAAUAUUGAUCGAAAGAGUUGAUGAAAUUAAAAGCAAUGCAGAAAAUUUUGAAUUAAAUAGUAGUAAUAAUGUAAGUCAAAAUAGUGUGAUAACGAACGCAAAGACUGCAAUAGUUUUAGUAAAUGAUUUUGUUAAAAGCAAUGAAAACCUUACGGUAGCACUCUCUGAUACAGAAAAUAAUUCGUCAACAUCUAACGAUUUAAAAGAUAAUAUUAACCUUGAUGUAAAUAACAAAAACGUGUCAGCUCCUGUAGAUGAGAGUCAAACUGAUAAGUUAAGUUUAGAUAAUGAUAAAAUUAAUAUACAUGAUCAUGAAAAAGAAAACUCGAUUUAUACUAAUGAAAGCGAAAGUAAUAGCGAAAUAGAAGUUUGUUUACCAUCAAUUAUAAAUGUCAUUGACGAUAAUUUAGAAAAAUCAAUUUCGUCAGAAAAUCCCGUUUCUGAUGAUGCGAAUUCGAUUUCUACAAUAAAAAAUAUUAGCAUUAAAGAAAGUUCCGUGAUUUUGAACGAUCUUAACAAUGAUAAUAAAUAUUCUACUAUGAUUAAAAAUCAGUCAGAAAAUUGCAUUGGUCAAGAGAAUAAAAAAGUCGAUAAUUGCGAAAUCGCAAAUACGUGUGACGAUAAAAACGAUGAAUCAAUGCCUGUAAACAAAAAUAACGAUGAAAUUGAUAAUUUGAUUCUUAUAGAUGAAGAUAACGAUGAAGAAGCAGACCAUUUUAUGGAUGUGGAUUCGUCUAAUAACGAAUUUAAAAACGCUCCAUUUGUCCAUGCAAACAAUGAUGAAUUAAAAACUUCUAUUUCUACGAAUCAGAAUAAUUUUAUCGAAACUUCGGCUACGGAUACGCAAUAUAUAAAUAAUUUACGAAAUUCGUUUAGUGAAAAUAAGAGUACUGACGGAUCGGAAAUUUUAAUUCUUAUUGAUGAAGAUAGUAAUGAGGCAGAAAAUGUCGAAUCAAUGGAUGUAUCCGAUAAUGAUAUAAAAAGUUCGUUUAAUUUCUCUAAACACCACGGUGAAUCGGAAAAUUCGACUGUGCAUGAAGAAAUUUUUGCUAAUUCCUGUAAUAAUGAAUAUAAAAAUGAUGAAUUGAAAAACUCUAUUGAUGAGAAAAUUUAUAAGAGCGAAAAAUCUUCAACAAUUGCUCUAUCUAAUGAUCAUUUAGACAAUUUAAUCAUAAAAACAAACGCUAAAGAAGAUGAUGAAAUAAAAGACUCGAUUUCUAUUAAACAAAUCAAUGACGUCGAUGAAAUAAAUUCGGUAUCCACGGUAAAUAAAAAAGAAAAUAUUGCGGAUGUAAAGAAAUUCGAUGAUUCGGUAACUUUAAAUGAAAACGUUGACUACAAAGAAACCUGUAUAAUUAUUGAUGAAUUAAGCAAUGAAAUAAAAAGUGUAGUUUCUGAAAAUAACGAGAAUGAAAAUCCUCUAGCCACAAAUCCACUCGAUAAUGUCACUGAAAAUCUAAUACUUCCAGGUGAAGACGAUAAGCUCAACGAAACGCCUGUAGUCAAAGAUGAAGUAGAAAAUUCCGUAUCUACGGUUAAUGAAAUUGAAAACAUUACGGAUCAAAAUAGAUUUGACAAUGUGACUGAAAAUUCUAUACCUUUGAAUGAAAUAACCAACCAAAUAGAUACACCCGCAAUUGUUGAUGCAUCUAUAAAUGAAAUAAAAGAUUCGGAAAAUCUUCCCUCUUCAGACGUAUGCGAUAAUGCAAUUGAGAAUGUUAUACCUUCAAAUAAUGAGAAUGAUAAAAAUGUUGAAGCACUUGUAUUCGUAGACGUAUGCAACGACGAGACAAACAAUUCAGAUUCGACGACGAUCAAUAAUAUAGAAAAGCUCGCGGCUAAAAAUUCCUUCGAUAACGCGACAGAAACUUCUGAAUGUGUUUCUGAAAUUUGUAGUUCUAUAGAUGCUCGCGAUCCUCUAGACAAUUCUGAGGACACCAACGACACAGACAAAGAUUCCACUACUAUUAGCGUAGUCAAUGUAGAAAUGAAUACGCCAAUGUCCAUCGAUGAAGGCAACUGCGACACUUGUCCUAAUCAAACUCCUGAAAUUACAGAACCUGUUUCUACGGAUCAAAUUAGUAACGAGAUAACAGAUACAAAUGAAAAUACCGAUAAUACAAGCGCCACAACUGUAGAAACUGUAGAAGUAGAAAUUGAUCAAAACAGUGUUGAACCUGUACCCGAAAAAGGCGCAAACAAUGUUGAUAACGGAGCAACGUUGGAACCAAUGGAUAUUCCUUUGAACAAUUCUAACAGAAAUGACGAAAUCCAAAACAUUGAGACAAAUUCCGAAACUAACCAAAUUCAACCUAAAUUGUGUGAAGUGGAUAAAAAUAGUCUAUCUUCUGCUGUUACAGACGCUGAUGGGGAUAACGCGUCUUCGCCUGAAAAAGCAGAUCAAACCGAGGAUGAUAGCGCUAAAGACAGUUCACCAGAUAAAUCUACGAAGGAGCAGAAAGAAGACAAAGAAAAACGCAGAAGCAAGUCAUCCCUAAGCGAAUCCGAGGAUAACGUUGAGAAUUUCUUCCAUGACGUUUUACCUGAAGAAUAUUCGACUGAAAAAUCCACAAAUGAAAUGUCCAAGUCUGGAACUCUUGAUGGAUCUGAGGAACAGGACAAAUCAGCUAAUGAUUCCGCUGAAGGCAAACAGACAAGGAAGACUAGAAGAUCCCUGAAUAAGUCUCAGGAACUGGAUAACAGUAACGCCAACGAUACGGCAAGUCAAGGGUCGAAUGAUUCGUUAUCAAAGAAGAAUCGCAACAAGUCAUUGGUAGACUAUGACGAUUCGGGAUCGCAAGAUUCUAUUAAUAAAACAGUUAUUGAGAAUGCCGACGUCAGCGACGAACUUUCAAGCAAGUCUCCUAACAAGAGUCGUCGGUCUGCUGACAAGUCUUCAGAGCUGAAUACGUCAUCCUCUAAGCAGAAGAAAGACGAAAGUAUUUCAGAAAAACUCUCAGACUCGGUGAGUGAAGAGAAAACUCCGAACAAGAGUCGCAAAUCUUUGGAUAAAUCAGUAAAAUUGAAUGAAUCUACAUCGGAGUCGAAGAAGAAUGAAAGCACAUCAGAAAAAUUAUCUACUUCUCUUAACAGUUCGAAAUCGUCUAAAAGGAAGAGUUUGGCUGAUACUUCGCGUAAAUCGUUGACGGAAAAUCAAACUGAAGAACUUGUUGAGGAUGAACCUAUGGAAGUAGAUGAACCUAUGGAGGUGGACGAGCCAAAUGAAUACGACAACGUGAAUGAAAAAUCUCUUAAUAAGAGUAGAAAAUCCCUCGAUAAUAGUCGACUUAACAAAUCUAAAAAUGAAAGCGUCUCUGAAAAGCUGUCUACUUCUCUUAAUGAUUCCAAGAAAAAUAAUCUGUCUCGCAGAUCUAUCGUGAAAGAUGAAGUUGACGAAGAUAUCAAGAAUGAGUCUCCAGCUAAAAAUCGUAAAUCAUUGGAAAAAGAUGUAUCACUACAAGAUGAAAACGUUUCUACGGCGGAAAGUUUAUCCUCUUCUUUGAACGAUUCCAAGAAAAGUAAAAGAUUAUCUCAAAAACUUCCAUCGCCGAAUCAGUCUUCUCGCAAGUCCUUAAUCAAGGUAGAAAGCGAAGAAAUAUUCUCUGAUAACGGACCAGAAGAAAAUCAGGAUGCUGAAACGUCUCUCAAUAAAUCUAAUAAGCGUUUAAGCAAAUCAUCUGCUAAUGGCGAGGCUGAUCUGUCUUUCAAAAACAAAGAUAAAUCCUUGCGUGAGACUUCGUUAAGAAAAUCGUUGAACAAAUCAACUGCUGUGUCAAAUGUCGCAGAAUCUUCGGACACAGAAACUGAAGAUAAAGAAAACAGCAAGAAGCUCAAUAAGUCUGCUAACAAAUCUCUGAAUGCUUCGAAAAAAGGUUUAAAGUCAGCAAACUCGUCAGUUACAAAUUCUCCCACUAAAGCUUCUAUAAUGGUAAACGGCGAAGAUCGUGAUGCAUCUGACUCUAAUAAAGAUAUAAAGAAGGAAAAACUAAUUGACUCUGAGUCCGACGAAGAUGUGAAUCUGCAACACAUAUUCGAACUCGACAGUGAGGCGACUGAGGAAUCGGAUGACGAGGUCAAAGAGGUCGACACUGUGGAGGCAAGCGAUGACGAAGACGAUCAGCACAAAAGCAUCGAUUCCGAUAUUGCUAGAGAAUAUAAUCUUGCUGGAAAAGACAUUAGCAAGUACUCAGACGAUGACGUACCUGGGGACGACUGUCUAGCAUCGGAAGAAGAAUUUUCGGAUCCUGAGGAUGAGGGCGAAGAUCUUGCAGAUUUUGUUGUACCUGAUGGGGAAGUCGAGGAAGAUGGGAGCGAGGAUGAAGACGGCGAAGCCACUGAAGAAGUAGGCGAUUCAGAGUCGGCUGAAGAAUUUGUAGAAACGAAUCAAAUAGAAGUCAAGAAAGAAAAAGGCAUCUACCUGUCAAAUUCGAUCAAGGAUAAGAGUAUAAAUGAUUCAAAGUCACUUAAAAACAAAAGUGCCAAUCUGUCGAAAUCACGGCUUCUAGAUAUUGCGGAUGCUGAGUCAGAUGAUGACGAUGACGAAGAAAAAGAAGCAGAAAACGAAGUUGCAGGUAACAAAUCGUUGAAAGACAAAAGUCUGAAAAAUAAGAGCAUGAAUAAUUCGAAAUCAGUCAAGGAAAAGAGUGUUAACCUUUCCAAGUCUAUUUUAUCGACAAGUAAAAGUGUUCUCAACAAUUCUAAAUCGGUUAAAAAUAAGAGCGUCAUUAUUACGGAAGAACAGCCAACAGAAGAAUCUGACUCAGAAGACGAACAAGUCAACCGGUCGAAGAAAUCGAAAAUCAAAGCGGAAGCUUCAUCGGAAUCUGAUUCCGAGUCUGAAAAGGGUGAAGACUCCUACCGCAUAAUAACAACUAAUCCAAUAAAUCCGGAUAAGCCCAAGAUUCAAAAUAAGAAAUUAGGUCACUUAAUCGAAUGCAGCACGCCGAAACCUGGCAUCACCAAGAAGAAUACAGAUAGUUUUGUCGACAAGAACAACAGUUUAUCUAUUCUAACCAAUAAAUCCUCUGUUUCUACAAGGCGAAAGUCUGGCAGCUUAGAUAAUCUGACAGACACGAAAUUGAUUAAUAGUCGCCUUAGCGUCGGAAGCACCAAGGCUCAUGAGAGCUCUAAGAUACAAAACGAUGUCGACAUAGUCGAUACGCCCGAAGCUGUUCUGGUUAAUCGGCAACCGUGGAAGUUAGUUCCUCUGAAUAAAACGGUGCACCCAGCCGGCGAUGACACACCUCUUACGAAGUUCUUGAAAAAGGCAAAGCUUAACGACUCUGUACCUGUUUUACAAUCGAUGAAGAGCGGCAGUCUGUCCGAUAGUGAAGAACCAAAGAAAAAUGAUAUCUCGAAAAGUUCGAAACGCAAGAGCUUACCGAGCAAGAGUUUCGUGAAUUUUGAAGAGCCAGCCGCUGAAGUUGAGGCAGUAGAUAAAAAGUCGAAGAAGCGCAAGCUGCAAGAUAUCUCACACGUGGCAUCUUUAGACGACGAGAGCAUGAUUAAUAUCAUAGGGAAAAAGAAGAAGCGAGCGCGUAUUGAGGACUCCAUUGUUGUCGAUGAAGAAGUCGAAGAAAUCAAGGAGUCCGAACAAGUUCAAGAAGGUAAGAAAAAGAAAAAGAAGAAGUCCAAGUUGGCGGAAACGGAAGAGCAAGUCGAAGCUCAGUCACUAGAAGAGCCGGAAAUAAUAGAAGAUGAAAAGGUUAAGAAGAAGAAGAAGAAUAAACUGAAGGUUGAGAUUAAAGAGGAAGUUCCAGAAGUAUUGGAAUCUCUAGAAAGUCAAGACGUAAAACAAAAGAAGAAAAAGAAGAAGUCUCUUGAUGCUGCAGAAACUGAACAGGCGACUGUGGCCGCCGAGACAGUGAAACCCAAGAAGAAGAAAUCUCGCCUUUCCGACGAAAAAGCACAGAAGGUGCAAGAGGUAGCGAUCGAAGAAGUAAAAACAAAAAAGAAAAAGACCCGGCUAUCCGACGAAAAAUCCGAUCAAGAGAAUCGAAGUGGUGAGGUAGCAAAGUCCAGAAAGAAGUCCAAACUAAGUUUAGACAGCGAAUCAGUAGAGAAGGACAAAAAAUCGAAGAAAAAGAAAAAGCACACUACGACCGAAUCGGACGAUGAGGCUCCAGAUGACGUAGGUUUCGACGAGGCCAAGCGCUCGGCCUUGACCGCUAUGCAACAAGCGGCUGACGGCGUGCAAGCUCUUAAAAUGGCCUGUAAGAAGAAGUACCUGGAGCAUACCGAGCGUAUGACCAAGCAGGAGCCUGUCAAGAAAAGCAGUCUUAAACGGUUGUCGGACGACGUGCUAGAAGGCCUGACAGAUGAGCCGGUCAUAAGACAGCCCAACAAACGCCAGAAGCUAUCUAGAAACAAAGAGCGCAGCUGCGUGAUGCCUUCCACAUCGAUGUUCAGUCCAGGCAAACCCGUACCGGUCAAUCUAAAAGUUGACGAGGAUUACAUUGCCCUCAGUGACGCAGGUGGCACCACGCAGUUCGGAGUCGUUAAUCUAGCCAAGGCUAAAAAACCGAAGAUCACGAAGACUAGUAUUGCUGCUAUCAGCUUCAGAGAGAGGAUGCUCGCGAGAAACCAGCGGCAGCCUAUAUCGGCGUAUCACAUGUAUCAAAUGAAACAGAAGGCCAAGUCCGGUCUUUGAGUGGAGAAACGGCAUUUUGAUGGAGGUUUGCUGGAAAAGUUCAAAUAGAUUUGUUCCUCUUUUACUUCUGAGCAAGUCGGUUUGACUUGAAAAACAAUCGAAUAGUUUUAUACUUGAGACGUUUGCGCGAGAAUGAUUGAGAGUUGAGUGGAAUCUUUGGAGAUUGGUGUUAUCAUUAUUUUUUAUAAAAUGAGCCAAGCUACUACCAGUUAAUAACGAGUUUUCUUUUUAAUUUAUUGAUGAUGUAUAUUGAAAGUUUUUCAUUUGUAAUUAACGUGAAGCAUUUUAUACGUGAAGGUGCGAGCAAGUUGUAAGAUUUUACUACUGGCUCAUGAAAGUUUUUCAUACACGUGACCACAGACAGGCUAUACUAAGUAUUUGUUUACUGUCGGUUCUUUUCUGUUCCAUUUUAAUUGUUUUAGGACAAUUCUCAAGGUGCUUAAAACUGUUACGUUAUUACAAUAAAACCGUGCUUUAAAAAUUUGCAUGUAUUUGAUCGAAAAAUUAAAAUUUUUUGAAUGCCUAAUGUCAGAGAUAAUUAAAUCCUAAAGCAUAGAAUUGUUUGGUUUUUUCAAAGAUAAAAAAAAGCAUAAGAAAUGUUUUUUUUUUAAUUCUGUUGUCACAUAACACAUGUUGUCAUAGCGGUAUAUUGUAUAAAUUGAUAUGUAUAAGAAGUCUUAUAAAUAAAACUAGGAAAUAUUCUUAACUUUUUCUUACAAAUGCCAGUGACCAUUGUUCGUUUAGUCUUUAUUUUGGUACGAAAUAUUUUAUUCAACAAACGUACGGAUUUAUCUUAUCCAAGGAGAGAUGGCAUAUCAUUUUACUUUGUUGAACAUGGUUUCACUUCUGUAACAGUGUGGAAGCUGGAACAGAAGAAUGAAUUCAAAGUAUUCUCAUACCAUAAUAGAGGAAUGUUAAGUGUAAAAAGUUAUUCUGUUUUCGGUUAUGAUAACCAUCAGUUAUGUUGCAAAAGCUUGUAUCUCAAGUGACGGUGAAGAAAUAAGCAACGGUGAAACGAUUUUGUAAACCGUUAAUUGUCUGAUGAUGGUUAUAAAUAAGAAGUUGUUUUACAUAUCCCUUUCGAUAAUUAUUAUUAGGACAUAUUUUUCUAUCACUUUAUAGUUUCAAAAGAGUAUGUAAAAUUGUAUACACAGUAAAAGAUAAUAAAUAUUGUAAUAAGAACUAUU